UAACAAUGGGUUUCGCUAGUAAUAAUGCCGGAUUAGAGCCUCACUUGACGGCGGAAAAAGCCGUCUCCGUCAUUGGUCUUGGUUUUGAUCUAUGCAAAGGAAUACGAUUUUCGGCUUGCAUGAAGGGUCCUUCUGGCUCUAGUUUGAUAACGUUCGAUUCGAAUCAGACAAGGGACCUCGUUUUCCCAGGUGGGAUUGUCGUCCCUAACGUGUCAGCUUCCAUCAGGUGCGACAAAGGGGAGCGCACUAGGUUUCAAUCCGACGUGCUGAAGUUUAAUCCGAUGUCGGAGCUAUUCAAUAAAGAGCUGGGCCUAUCGGGAAAGGUUCCAUCUGGACAAUUCAAUCAGAUGUUUGACAUGAAAAAUGGCUGGCCAAAGGAUGCGGCUUCCACAAAAAGCCUGGCUUUAGAUGGUUGGUUCAUAACAUUGUAUAACAUUGAGUUAAGCAGAUCCAAUAUUACUCUUUCAGAGGAAUUGAUAAGAGAAGUGCCUUCUUCGUGGAACCCCUCUGCCCUUGCUGAGUUUAUUGCCAAUUAUGGGACUCAUGUUGUUGUUGGGGUGAAGAUGGGUGGUAAGGAUGUGAUUCAUAUCAAGCAGUCCAAAAAGUCAGAUCUUGAGCCCAAGGACGUGCAGAAAUUGUUAAAGCAAUUAGCUGACGAGAGGUUUUCUGGUAAUUCAAACCAAACUUUCAAUGUCAAUGCCGCCGAAAUAUCAGGAAAACUCAAGGACGAUCAUGCUAAGUCGUGGGGGUUUCGCAAAUCUUUCCCUUUUAGUGGCAGACCAAUUGUGAAAAGCCAUUCCAAGAACGAUGAGAUUCAAAGCAUUACCGUUCGAAAGGGAGGAAUUGAUGCUGGCCAAUCUUUCAACGAGUGGCUCUCAACCAUAUCACAGUCUCCUGAUGUGAUAUCGAUGUCAUUUGUACCUAUUACUUCCCUGCUAAGCAGUUCUGUUCCAGGCAGUAUUUUUCUGAGUCAUGCGGUGAACUUAUACCUUAGAUAUAAACCUCCAAUUGAAGAGCUUCAUCAGUUUCUGGAAUUCCAGUUGCCUCGGUUAUGGGCUCCCAUGUAUGGUGAUCUGCCUCUCGGAUUUGGUCAUAUACAGAGAAGGAACAUGUCUCCAUCACUUCAGUUCACUCUCAUGGGACCCAAGCUUUUUGUUAAUACUGCCAAGGUUGACACUGGAAAUAGGCCUGUAACUGGUAUUCGCUUGUACUUAGAAGGUAGAAAAAACGACCACCUAGCCAUCCAUCUUCAGCAUCUUUCAGAGAUUCCCAGCAUCCUCGACAUCUCGUACGACCAUAGCUAUAAUCCUACAGAUGAAUCCGUGGACAAAGGGUACUAUGAACCUGUGAAAUGGAACAUGUUCUCUCACGUAUGUGUAGCACCAGUUGAGUACAACCCCUCCCGACUUGAUGAGUCCAUCGGUAUAGUCACUAGGGCAUGGUUCGAGGUAAAGCUCGUAGGUAUGAAGAAGGUUCUCUUCCUCAGACUUGGGUACUCCUCUGUAGCAUCGGCCAGAAUUCGCCGAUCAGAGUGGGCCGGAGCUUCAACAAUGUCUCGAAAAUCGGGGUUUUUCUCAGCGUUGAUGAGCACGAGGUUGAGCAAGGAGUUGUUGCAGAACACGCCGGAGAAGUCAACAAAGGUGAAUAUAAACUCGGCCGUGUAUGAAGAUGGACCGCCGGUGCCGACGAGGGCUCAGAAGAUGCUGAACUAUGUGGACACGAAAGAGAUGGUGAGGGGCCCGGAGGAUGUACCGGGGUAUUGGGUGGUCACCGGAGCAAAGCUCUGCGUGGAGGAUAGCAGAAUCUCAGUGAAGGCCAAGUUUUCGUUGCUGACUAUAAUGUCAGAGGAAUCUCUGCCAUUCAUGAACAUGAAGGACUAGGAAAACGAUGAUGUUGGGAAAAAGGAGUGACAUUUCAGAAUGUAGUGUUGAGUUGAUGACGAUAUUAUAGUAUGAGUUGUUUGAUAAUUGUAAAUAUUAUUCAUU